CGUCAACAAUCUCCAUUGGUUCAGCAACCUUGCGUUACGCUCUAGUGAUUCUGCCUUCAUUGUAAUCUGUAAAUUGAUUACACAAACAUCAACCAAGUACUUACAAGCAGUUCAGAUUAUUAGCAAAAUGCAGACCAAAGUGGUGUUCGGAGCCGUCCUGGCUUUCUUGGUUAUAGCCCAAGAAGCAAGCACGUCACAUGUGGAAGAGAUCUGUGGAAAAAGAGAAGGGGACAGAAGACCUGAAACGGCAGAAGAAAGAAAGAAAGAAUCAAAGGCCGAGGAAAACAAAGAUGACAAAGAAAGCGGAAAGUUUUUCCAUCAAGGAGAUAUUCGACUAACAGACAAGCAAAAAGAAGCAUUGGACAAAGCACGGACUAGUGGCCUUAAAAGAGAUGUCAUCCAUUAUGCAUCAGCCAAAUGGCCUGACCAAACAGUCUAUUAUAAAUUGGACGCCAGUCUCAGCGCUACUGCGAAACAAGCCAUUUUGGACGCCAUCAGGGAUUUUGAGGAUUACACAUGCCUUGUUUUUGUCGAAAAUUCUGCAGUAAAGCAUUACAUCACAUUCAAAAAGGAUACUGGAUGUUGGUCUUAUGUAGGACGUUUACCCGAAUACUACGUCGACCAGGGGUGGGAGCAGACACUGUCUAUUGGUGAUGGAUGUGAGUACAAAGGAACUGCAAUCCAUGAAAUCAUGCACGCCAUUGGUUUCUUCCAUGAACAUUCGCGAAACGAUAGAGAUCAGUUUGUGAAAGUCAACUUCGAGAACAUGGAUUCCUCAAUGCAAUCACAGUUUUCAAAAGAUGCCAAUCAGAUAAGUCUAGGCGUUGCCUAUGACUACAACAGCGUAAUGCAUUACCCUGAUUGGGCGUUCAGUAACAAUGGCAAACCGACCCUUGAGGCUAUUGGUGACGCUGCAGGAGCUGAAAUCGGGCAAAGAGACGGAUUUACUGCAGGUGACAUCGAACAAGUGAGAAAGUAUUAUGACUGCGAUGCAGCUACACCACAGAAGAGAUUCUUUGCAAAGAUUUUGAAGAGAACAACAACUGAUCGCAAGACAAAGGACAAGGCUGGAGGUAAAUGUGACGCUAAAUUCAAGAAGGAACAAGAAAAGAAGGAAGAAAAGCAAAAGAAGAAGGAGGAGAAGAAGAAGGAUAAGGAUGAAAAGAAGGACAGCAGUAAGGAUGAAUAGAAAGAAGAUAAGAAAGAAGGCAACGAGAUUAUAAAACUUUGUUUAGAAUAUGAAUCAAGUAAAGAGGCAUUUGUGGAAUCCAUAUUGCACAAUUGUUUCUAUUUAAGUUGCAAACUACCAUUGCUUAUUAUAUUUAGUUUAUCUAAAUGCAAUGUUUUUCAAAAUUUAUUCUAUUGUCAAUAAAUUUCAUGUAAUGAACAUUGUUGAGUUUGUCGUGUAUAAAACGAUAGAUAAGAUUUAAAAAUGUUUA